UGAAGCCCAGAAGUACAGACGGAGCACGUGGUCGGUCACGUGACGUCAUCACUAGUGGACGAAGCAUGUCCAACGGGCUCUAGCAGCGAGUCAUCACCUCGCCGCAGACAUGGCGUCAGACGACGCGUUUAAAGUGUCAUCCCUGAGGGGGAAGGUGGCCCUGAUAACGGGGGCCAGCUCGGGCAUCGGGGCAGGCACCAGCGUCCUGUUCGCCAAACUUGGAGCCCUGCUGGCUCUGAACGGCCGCGACUUGGAGAACCUCAACAAGGUCGCGAAACAGUGCGUCGACUGUGGAGCCGCCGAGCCUCUGCUCCUCCCUGGAGACCUGACCGACGAGGAGACGGUGAAGAAGACCGUGGAGCAGACCGUCGCUCACUUCGGCCGGCUGGACGUCCUGGUCAACAGCGCCGGCAUCCUGGCCAUGGGCGGCAUAGAGACGUUCGACCUAGCCCAGUACGACAUGGUCAUGAACAUCAACGUCAGAUCUGUGUACCACCUGACUCAACUUUGUGUGCCGCACUUGAUCGAGACCAAAGGCUCCAUCGUCAACGUGUCGAGCGUCAACGGACAGAGAUCAUUCCCCGGUGUGCUGGCCUACUGCAUGUCCAAGUCUGCCAUUGACCAGUUCACGCGCUGUAUAGCACUCGAGCUGGCGUCGAAGCAAGUCAGAGUGAACUCUGUGUGCCCAGGUGUGAUUGUAACAGAGGUCCACAAGAGAGCAGGACUGAAUGAGGAGCAGUAUGCGCAGUUUCUUGCGAAGUGUGAGCAGACCCACGCUCUCGGUCGACCGGGCGAGGUGGAGGAAGUGGCCCACAGCAUCGCCUUCCUGGCGUCCGACGCCGCCAGCUUCAUAACCGGAGUCAACCUACCGAUUGACGGCGGUCGCCAUGCCAUGUGCCCGAGAUGAGACUUGUGUUUUAACAAAUGUCUGCAAAUACAUACAGCGCUUGUAAAACUCCCA